GCCAAUGGGCGCACUGGGAAGGCUGGGUUAGCGGGUGGAGCCGGGGGAAGCAGCCCAGUAAGUGCACAGUCAACAACCAAAGCAUCCGAGAUUACUACAGGCUCUCACCAAUCCUCACCGAGAUCUCCCUCGAAAGCUCGUGUCGCUGCCUUUUUUUUUAUUUUUUAUUUUUGGCUUGAAUUCAUGAGUGAGAUUGAAUCGCUGCUGUGAACCUUUUUUUUUUUUUUUUUUUUUUAAUUUUAUUUGUGUGUGUAUGUGUGUGAAUGUGUAUGUAUGUAUGUGUGUGUGUGUGUGUGUGCGUGUGUGUGUGUGCACCGACCAGGUUGAUUCGCGGCUCCACAUCGCCUCAGUAUCAUCGCGGAUGAAGAAGACUUUGUGAAAUUAGCAGUUACAGAUUAUUGUUGUGCCUGUAUUUGUGCCCGGGGUCCUGGAUUUACACAGAGGAGGAGCGGGGAGCCGAUCAUCCGUCGUUCUCUUGGUACCAGGGAGCACGUGACCCCGGAGAUGAACAAGCUUCGUCAGAGCCUGAGGAGGAAGAAGCCCACCUACGUGCCAGAGGCCAGCAGGCCGCAUCAGUGGCAGGCCGACGAGGAGGCUGUACGCAAGGGCAAAUGUAACUUCCCGGUUCGGUACCUGGGCUUGGUGGAGGUGGAGGAGUCGAGAGGGAUGCAUGUGUGCGAGGAGGCGGUGAAGAAGCUAAAAGUUAGUGGCAAAAAGACAGUCAAGGCAGUGUUGUGGGUUUCAGCUGAUGGACUCAGGGUGGUGGAUGACAAAACUAAGGACCUCAUUGUGGACCAGACCAUAGAGAAGGUUUCAUUCUGCGCUCCGGAUCGUAACUAUGACAAGGCCUUCUCCUACAUCUGCCGAGACGGGACCACCAGACGGUGGAUGUGCCACUGCUUCAUGGCUCUCAAAGACUCGGGGGAGAGACUGAGCCACGCAGUUGGCUGUGCCUUCGCCGCCUGUCUGGAGAGGAAGCAGCGCCGGGAGAAGGAGUGCGGCGUGACGGCGUCCUUUGAUGCCAGUCGCACCUCAUUUGUUCGUGAGGGCUCCUUCCGCGCCAACUCCUCCUGCAGCCAGCAGGGCAGCAGCAGCGAGCGCGAUGACAAACUGCAGGACAAGAAGAAAGACCAGCCCUCUGUCAUCCCAGCCCUCCCACCUGGCACUGCCUCCCCACCCGAGGGUGCAGCGUCCCCCAUGGACCGCCCGGAACCAGGCGGGCCUCACGCCAUCCCUCGCCGCCACGCACCCAUCGAGCAGCUGGUGCGUCAGGGUUCGUUCCGGGGAUUCCCAGCACUGAGCCAGAAGAACUCUCCCUUCAAGAGGCAGCUGUCGCUCCGCCUCAACGACCUGCCAUCCACGCUGCAACGCAAGACCGACUUCCAGGCCAAGAACCCUGUACCAGAGAUGGAUAUGGGGUUGCCAGGUGAAGGAGACAGUAGUAUUAAUGCCCUUUGUAGCCAGAUCAACGCCUCCUUUACUAAGCCAUCGGAGGAGCUCUUCUCUAGCCCCUCCAUGUCUGCAAAUGGCCCCCCAACCUGCACUGUGCCCCCUGUCCUGCCCCCACCGCCUGCACCGAUGCAGGCCACUUCUUCCUGGGUGCAGCCAGAGCCUCCACUCCACUCUCCUCCUCCGGUUUCCGUGGCGAUGCAGAUACAGAUGCAGAUGCAGAUGCAGAGCGGACACAAGCGCACCCCCUCUGAGGCCGAAAGAUGGCUGGAGGAGGUCUCCAAGGCCGUCAAGGCUCAGCAAACUCCUCCUCCAGGUCCCACGAUCCCCACCAUCCCUGGACCGCCCACAAUUUCGAGUCAUCAGAUGUCCAGUCAGGCGGCCAUAUCAGCUGCCCCAGCGACCACUGUCCCCAUGUCCCUUGGCACCAUGUCCAAACCCCUCAUCUCAGGCCCGUCGGGCCUCUCAAGUCAGGCCCCACUGCCCCUUCCACCCAUGUCCAUAUCAUCAGUUCCUCUAAUACCAGGCCCUCCGGUGUCAGGGCCUCCUAUGUCUCUUCCUUCCAUGUCGAUCCCCACGAUGUCCGGUCCAAGUAUGUCUGGGGCCUCCAUGAUCCAGCCGUCACUUCCUGGGCCCCCAGGCUCCCUUCCAAGCUCCAUGCAGCCUUUCCCCUUGGCUUUUGAUGCUACCCCGGCCCCUGUGGGAAUGUUCGCCAGCCAGCCUGUCCAGCCGGCAUUCGUGCCCAUGCAGACCUACAUGCCAGGCCUGGCAAGCAGUAUGACCUACCCCAACGCCAGUGUGCCUGUAGUGGGCAUCACUCCGUCGCAAAUGGUGGCCAACGUCUUCUGCACCGCCACAGGCUCAUCAGCUGCAGGCGGAGCCAUGGGCUCGGCCGGAGGAGGACCCAAAGCGGGGCCACUCGGAACAGUCGGCCAGCACCAUUCUUACCCAGCAGCGCCUGGUGCAGUCGGGCCCUCCGGAGGGUUUUCUACACCACCGUUCUCUUCCACACCGCCAUUAUCAACAGCCCUUAAUGGUCUCCCACCACACAGCAGCGCUAUGAUGGCCCUCCAGAACGGCACCUCCAACAGUGGCGGGAACGGUGGCAGCAGUAGCAGCUGGCCGCCAGAGGGCAGCCAGCUAACAGCUCCGGUGGCCAGCGAUUCUCAAGACGAUGAUCGUUUUGAGGCCCAGUGGGCAGCACUGGAGACCAAACCAUCGCCUCAGCAACCGGGGAACAAGGCGCCAGCUGCAGCAGCCAACCCAUUUUCCAACAACUUGCAAAAGACUUUCGAGAUUGAGCUCUAAGACGGACUCGGCCUCCCAAAGCUGUAGUGCUAGCCCUGGAGUCAAAGCCUGAGGAAGCCAGGCACUAAAUCCAGCAUCUCUGCCUAGAAUGGGAUGCAGUUAGCCUAGCAUCUGACCUGUGGCAGCCUAGCAACUUGUUCAAAGCUCUCAUAGUAGUCAGUACUAUAAUGAUCUUGAUUGCUUUCUUUACACUCCCAUGAGAGCUUUGGAGGAGGCUGGCAGAUUGCUAGGCUGCCAUCGGAGGAUCAGGUCUCUAGUUCAUCUGACUUGAUGGACUGAGUCCUUGUACUCCACCCGCUAACAGCCACUCUCCCCUGCUUUCACUUUUCCACUCUGGCUUUACUUUACCUGCUGCAAGUCCCUGGAUGUACUGUACGUGCCCCUUUGAGAACAUUGUGGUGGGGGGACACAGUUCAGUGGUUUUCUUUCUUUAAAAGGGGAAUCCACUCAGAUGCAUUCCAAUCCCAUGAGAUGUUUUUGGCAGUUCUGUUUCCGGUGGGGAUUCUGGUGGAGAAUUAGCGGAAAUGGCGACACCAAAAGACAUGCAGAGAAGCAGAGAAUUGAUUGGUUGACUGAGAAUCAGACUGAUGCUGAUCUUACCAAGCAGAAGCAGAUGUUUGGAUACCUGAAAGGACUAGCCAGUGAUGUAAGACCUGACCCUACCAACCCAAAAGGACUUACUGACCAAUAGUAGAGAUUUAUGGCCAAAAUUAUUUUAUUUAUUGUAUUUUAUUUUUUAUUUUAACAAGUUAUAUAUACUUAAAAAUCAAAUUUUUAAAGCAGUGCUUCACAAGCGUGUUUUUUUGUUUUUUUUUAACCCCCCAUAUUUAUUUUUGUCGAACCGUAAAGAGGAGGGAAACUACAGGUAGCUGACAGUUAACAUGUAGGAUUGGGCAGCAGUAGAGGGAAAGCAUUGUGGGAAACUGAGUCAUGUAACCGGAACCAAAUAGCCAGGGCUGACAGUACAGCAGUGUGUAGUGUGACAUGUGAAACAGUAAGUGUAUAUAGCGGCAUGUUUCUUCCACUCGUUAGCCCUCACAUAUUUACGCUCCGCUGCUGCUGAGGCCACUUGAGUCAGUAUGACUUCACUUUGGCUCUGAGGCCCAUUUCUGUUGAUAAAGCCUUCCUUCAAGGGCACCGGGACAUGAGAACUCACUUCAGGAUAUCCAGCACACAGACACUCUGGACAAUGCAGCACAACAACAGUCCUUUGGACUCCAUCAUCUCUCCAGACAAACCCAAGGAACUUAAACAACUCAGUGGAAAAAACAAAAAAAACAAACAAAAAAAAAAAACACUCUACAACACUGUGCAACUGGUUGAAAAAGAAAUGAUGCACUACAUUCCAACAUUCAUAAAUCCUUUGACGUGUUCAAACACAGGGUAUAGACUCAUCACAUACAGUAUGAUUGUGUAUUCACCUCUACUGUAUCCGUUGCAGUAGCACUGCACUCAUAAUGGAUGUUGGGAUUGAUGAUUAGAAGUGAAAAGACAGGAGGAACAUGAGCAGACAUAGACUGGCAAAUAAGAGAAUUAAGAGCAGUUAGAUAACCAAGACUUGAUUGAUAGAACAGAGAGAGAAAAAUAUAGACGAGUAGAAGAAUAGAUUACGAGAGGAAGGAAGGAAGGAAGGAAGGAAGGAAGGAAGGAAGGAUAACCUGCAUGUGCGAGACUGAAGGUGAGAAUGGAGCUAUACCUUUAAAAAAAUGAGAUGGAGGAAGUCUGAAGGAAGGAAACACGAGAUAAUACGUGAUAAAAAGCGAGAGACGGAUUUUGUGAAAAUAUUAAGAACAAAGACACAUUCAUCACGCAGCCCACAAACGCAGCACUGUCUUCACAUCUGCUUUUGCCUCAAGGCCGAGCCACUUCAAAUUUCAGCAUCGUGUUCCUCAACUCUUCAAACCUCACAAAAAACACUUUUGAUUAUAUUUAAAAACAUGUUGCUUUUUUUUUAUAUAUAUAUAUAAUUGCAGCCUCAUAAACAAGAUUCUUGUCUAAGUAUGUACAACCGCCUGUAUAGUUAAAACUUUGGCAACAAAGCUUUCUUGUGUUUUAACUUGCAGUUUCUGGCACGAGUUGUAAAAGUCCAGGUCUGCUCAAGAAGAUGCAACAUUAUGAAGUAGAAAUGUUCUUUAUCGAAGGGCUUUUUCCACAGGUUGUUUCUGUAUGUUAUAUAACCUGUGAUCUGGCCAGAGAUCCUAUUAUGUUUCCUGGGAAUUGAAUUGUAUGGAUAUGGACUGCCAAUGAUUAGGUUUCCUGCUCAUUAACGUCCCACAGUUUCAUUAUUUUGUUGGGUCUCUUCCUGUGGCAGCGUUGCCCUGUGAUAGGCUGCUUUCCAUCUCUGGUUCCUCCCAGGGUUUCCUUUGUUGUUUGUUGUUGUUUUCAGGCAAAUCAAUAUUUUCUCCCCUUCCAAACAAGUACAAACUGCUCUCUCUCUAUAUAUAUAUAUAAUACAAGACCGAUUCACUCAUGAAAUCAAAGCUUUUAUUUCACUGAUAUAUUUUAGCCUUCGACUCUUGUUUGCACGCCCUCCAAAUUAUAAAUGUAGGUUAAUUGUGUUUCUGCAUUCAAGCAAACUAAAUGACCUCAUAAACUUGAUUGUAAAACCAUAGUUUAGUGAUGGUAACAAAGCAAACCAGUUUAUUUUUAAUCUUUAUUUACAGAAUUUUUGUAUUUAAACCUACAUAUUUGUAUUGUAAUUACAUUGUACAAAAGAUAAAUAAAGUAAUAUAAUAUUA